AUGGUAACUCUUAUGAUUUCUUUAGAAAUCAGCCAGAAAAUAGAUCCCAAUCUCCUAUAUUUUUACCUCAUUUAAGUUAAUUUAGUGAUAAUUAAAUUGAAUAAUAAAAUAUAAGGUUAAUAGGCAUUUAGCCAUCUAAUUCUUAAAAUUAGAACUAAUUAAAUUAAAGUUAAUAUGAUUCUGUUAGAAAUCAUACUAGUAAUAACAACAGCUAAGAAACUUAUUCUGCAGAUACUUCCUUUUAAACUAGAGAGCACUUUUUACAUGCUUUCUAGUAUGAAAGAGUCAAGGCUCAUCUUGAUUUAUUUUAAAAAGGAAUGCAAUUAAGAUAAUAGUAUUAAGAUAGUUCAGUAUAUAUUGAAGAGUUUAAGAAGUAUAUGUUGGAGUUAAAAUAAGGUGGUUAAUUUAAAACCCUCUAUCAAAGUAUUAGUUAAAACAGUGAAAUUCAUUAAAAAAUUUGCUACUUAUUGUAAGUUGACAGUUUUAAUUCUGGAAUAAAUAGAGAUGGGAUUCAUGUGCAACCUUAGUAAGAUUUAAUAUCAAGCAAAAAUGGUAAUUUGGGAACUCUUUAUCAAAGCCAGUAAUAGCAAAGUAAUAGUGAUGACAAUUCAUCUGAAGAUCCUUUUAGGAGGUAACUAGAGCCUAUUCAAAUAGUAUAAAAUAUAAUGGAAUAAUCAAAGAGCUAUCUUUAACCUAUUUAUAAUGAAUUUAAAACAACUGAGAGUUUCUACACUAUUAAAAAAGAUUUAGGUUAGCUUUUAAAAUCUUAUGCUAAUUUAUAAAAAAUAAAUAUGGCUAUAGAUUAGAAUAUGA